UGUUAAAUUGCUAUAUUUUCUGGUGUAUUAUUUCAAAACGACAGAUGGACCUUACCGUUCAAGUCUCUGGUUGUUAGUCGAAGCCAAGAAGGUGGGCAGAAACUACCCGGCGAGGAUCGUCUAGAAGUUUAAGAUUGGUGGUUGCAUAUUCUCGGUGAUUAGGCUGAAAACUGACCACACUGGCAAAGAGCAACACCAGUCCAUGGUAGUAAUACUAAUUUAGCUGAGAUACCAGUAAAGGAUGCUGAUAUGAAAGAAUCACCGAGACAUAUUGUUCCUUCUGAGGCUGGAAAAGAAUCUGAUUCCAUAUCAAAAGAUAAUCAGCUGAAGAAAUCAGAAGUAGAGGCAAUUUAUACCAAAGAUGAAUUUACAGUACCAGUGUCUAUUUCAUCGGAUGUCGAUGAACAUGCUAUAAAGGAGCUGAAUAUAGAUAUUUUAAUGAAUGGCAACAAAACUCUGGAAUUCUGUUCCCCGUGUCAACCAUUAUAUCCCUAUGACAUUGGUCAUAAUAAUGGUAUAAUAAAUCAUAAUCAUUAUGGUGUUCAUUAUCAAACUGAUUACCCAUUAACUAUAAUGGAUGAAAAUUCCAGGAAGCUGAUCCUUGAAUCAACUGCCAACAUUAUUUUAACUAAAGACAUAGUGAAUUCUAUGACUUUAUUAACAAAUUCACAGCUGAAUACUGUUCGAUUGCGGAAAGAAGAUGGUUAUAAAGAUGAAGUACAAGAAAUCUACGGACCACGGAAUAGCACAUAUCAAAAAUCAAUAUUUAAAGAAAUGAAUCAAGAUAAUCUGUCAAUAAUUGAAGAAAUUGAUCAAUUGUCAACAGAAUUAGUAGCCCAGAAUACAAAUAAUCAUUUCAAUUAUUCCAGUGAAUUAAAUAAUACUUAUAAACAAUCAGGUGAUAGGCAUAUGUUCAAAGCGAGUGAAUUACACCUUCAAGGAAAUCUAUGUGAUGAAUUAAACAAAGUAAAUGUUAUUGAACAAUAGAACACUAGUGAAAAAGCAGUUGGGAAAGAAAAAUAUCACUUUUGUUAUUUAGCACUACUUAUACAAUCAUCUGAAGUACCAAAUGUUAUGGAAGACAAAGAAUCAGAAAAUAAAUAGAUAAGUGGAAUCCUUCAAAGUUUCUCGUUACAAAAAAAGAACCAUAAAUGUGUAUAUCAUUCGAUUUUGUUCUCUCUUUAUUUUAAAAUAAAAAUUUCCAUUUUCACGAUAA